AUGAUAAUCGAGUCGGUCAUAUCUGACCAGUUUAGUUACUAGUAGUUCUGAGUGAAGUCGUUCAGUCCUGCUCCCGCGUUCCGCAAAUCUGCCGCUCGUCGUUCUGAUGGAGCGUUUGCUCGGAUCAUCCAAGAAGGAGCCUGUCGGUGUGAGAUCACCUGAAGAUGUAUGGACCAGUAAACCAGCCACUACAGCAAUGAAGAUGCGUGGCGACCCCACAACAGCCUGGAGUGUCCUGCAGACGGUAUCGCCACGUACUGUAGUGGAGAAACUUGCAGAUCCCAGCUCACCAUGUCCCGAAGGACAUACAAGAUUUGUGUGUCUGUCGGAUACGCAUGGACGGUCCAAGCGUUUCCAAUUUGAAGUGCCAUGGGGCCAUGUUCUCCUGCAUGCUGGUGACUUCACUGAUGUUGGCCAGCCCAGUCAGGUGAAAGAGUUCAACGACUACCUUGCCGGGCUGCCGCACGAACACAAGAUUGUCAUUGCUGGAAAUCAUGACCUGACGUUCCAUUCGGAGCAGUGGGACCGGUUCCAGGCGGAGUCUCGUUUCACCAUGCAUGCGCCGGAGCUGAAGGAAGCGAAGAGUGAUGGCGUCAAAGCUCUCUUGAAGGACUGCACAUACAUCGAGGAUGCUGAAGUAAUUGUCCGUGGCUUUCGCAUAUACGGCUCGCCAUGGCAGCCAGAGUUCUGUGACUGGGCAUUCAAUCUGCCCCGCGGCGAUGCUUGCCUGGAGAAGUGGCAGAGGAUCCCGUCGAACACUGACAUCCUGAUGACGCACGGCCCGCCCAUUGGACAUGGUGACCUUUGCUCUAACGGCUUGCGAGCUGGUUGUGUGGAUUUGCUGCGCGAGGUACAACAUCGCAUCAAACCCAAAUUCCACGUUUUUGGGCACAUUCAUGAAGCGUACGGCAUCACCACAGAUGGCGUGACAACGUACAUCAACGCUUCCAAUUGUGACCUGAGAUACCGUCCGCGGCAAGUGCCGAUCGUUUUUGAUCUGCCGAACCCGGCAGAGUCUGCAUCCGAGUGAAUGGCUGCUAAGGUGAACACAGCCAGCCAGUGACAGAACUGACUUGUUUGUAGCCAUUGCUUGUAGGACACUGGGCCUAGUCGAGUAGAAAGAGAGUGGGUCCGCGGGACCAUCGGCCUGCAUGCCUGCUCAUUCACUGGCAUAGGAUUGGCCAGUGUAGCUGGCUUCUGCUUGUUCGGAUGCUACGCAAAGUCAGGGACCAAAACGUAUACCCAUUCUGAGCUGGUUUUAAGAAAACCUCGCAGAGCGUGAAUAAAGUCUAUCACAUGUACACGCAAACACUAGUAGUCUUUGCUUUUAUGGAUAUCUAAUUCCAUACAAUGCAUUCAUGGCGUGCAUGUACUUCAAGUAUCACUUUACGGAGGAUUGAUAGUGCUUCUGCCAGAUUGCCUGGUACGACUACCAGAGUAUCAAUAUACUUCAGUAAUAACAUCAUCAACGUAUGGCUAGAGCUUCAACUCAUGGAAUUAAUUUGAUUUACAUGGAACUUACUAUUUAGAUAUCAUUGGAUGAAAUAGAAUACGAAUAAGUAUUCAAAACAAACGACGAGGACACAAUAAUUUGAUAACCGCAAUCAAUAAGACAAGCUGAAUCGACAAGUGUACACAAAUGUCGAUUCAACUUUUCGUCAUAAGUAUUCAGUGAAUAUUCAUAACGAAUGGAAAAUAACGAUACAGUACAAUGAUGAUUAGUGAUGAAUGUUUUACGAAAACUUGUUCGAAUCCUUCUUUCACAUUGUUCUUUCUCAAUUCGUUCUCUUUCUUUUUUUUCACACCAUUGCACAUUCUUUCUAUUCGCUGUCAUAAGUCGAAUAAAGUAACCAAAAUAUUGUCA